GCUGUCAGAGGAACUUAAAUUGCGGUCCGUUCUUUGCUUCUUUCUGCUCAUUCUCCGGUCAAACUAUGGACUCUUCUUGUAAAUCCUUGUUGUUCUCGGCCGCGGUGCUUCUGCUUUCUACAGAGCUGCUGUUGGCUUUGUCGUGUGACUGCGACGCUCAUUUUCAGGGGAGAAAACCUCCUGAAGUGAGGAAAGACUCGCCGUUCACGGAGAAGUUCUUCACUCAGACUCUGGAUCAUUUCAACUUCAACAGUUUUGGCAACGGAACGUUCUGUCAGCGUUACCUGAUCUCAGAUAAGUUCUGGCAGAACGGCUCUGGGCCCGUCUUCUUCUACACCGGCAACGAAGGGGACAUCUCGGACUUCGCCCUCAACUCCGGGUUCAUCCUGGAGCUGGCAGAACAGCAGGGGGCGCUGGUCAUCUUCGCUGAACACAGGUACUACGGAGCCUCGCUGCCCUUCGGGAAGGACUCCUUCAGCCGUCCUCUGGUGGGUCUCCUGACGGUGGAACAGGCCCUGGCCGACUACGCCGUCAUGAUCACUGAGCUCAAGCAGCAGCUGCAGGCCGAUAACUGCCCCGUCAUCGUGUUCGGGGGCAGCUAUGGAGGAAUGCUGUCCGUCUACAUGAGGCUCAAGUAUCCCAACAUCGUGACCGGAGCGCUGGCGGCCAGCGCCCCCAUCCUGUCCACGGCGGGGGUGGGAGACCCCCGGCAGUUCUUCAGAGACGUGACAGCCGACUACGAGGCCGUCAGUCCUCAGUGCAGCGCCGCAGUCAGAGCCGCCUUCCAGCAGCUCCAGGACUUAGCCGCUCGCCAAGAGUACAGACGGAUCCAGUCGGCGUUCGCUCUCUGUCAGCCUCCGUCUGCUCCUCGAGACAUCCACCAGCUGAACGGCCUGCUGAGGAACGCCUUCACCUUCAUGGCCAUGCUGGAUUACCCCUACAGCACGCACUUCAUGGGCAACAUGCCCGCUCACCCCGUCAAGAUGGGCUGUGACAUCAUGCUGAGAGGUCCGGAUCUUUUGGCGAACCUCAGAGACACUGCAGCCAUCGUCUACAACUCCUCGACUCCGCUGAGCUGCUUUGAUCUCUACAACCUCUACGUGGAGUGUGCCGACCCCACCGGCUGUGGACUGGGACCAAACAGCCUGGCCUGGGACUACCAGGCCUGCACCGAGGUGGAGCUCUGCUUUGAGAGCAACAACGUCACCGACAUGUUUCCCCCGAUGAGCUUCAGCCAGGCGGACCGGCGGCGCUACUGCUCCGAGAGGUGGGGGGUGACGCCCCGGCCCGGCUGGCUCCGCCUCCAGUUCUGGGGGGACGCUCUCUCUUCAGCCAGCAACAUCAUCUUCUCUAACGGGGACUUGGACCCUUGGGCCAAUGGAGGGGUCCGUCGCUCGCUGAGCUCAUCACUGAUCGCCAUCAACAUCCCAGAGGGAGCUCAUCACCUGGACCUCAGAGGAGCCAACGAUGAAGACCCUGAGUCGGUGGUCCGAGCUCGGAAGCAGGAGGCGGAGCUGAUCGCCGGCUGGAUCCAGGCGGAGAGAAACAGACAGAAACACUGAAGCUGGACUGAAGUGAACGACGCCGCCUUCAGGAUGAAGAAACAAGAAACAAGCAACUGAACCGCUGCCGUCACUUCACUGCAGUUUGACUCUGAACAUCACAGCAGCUGCAAAGAAACAAUCAGUGCAUCCAAAUUGUGCAAAACUCUAGAAAUCUGUGCAAUAUUUUGUCAAACUCUUUAUCUGAUUAUUUUCUUAGAAUGAAUUUCACACUUUGACUCAAAUCAAGUCAGAAAAAAAUCAUUUCACACAUUGUUUCUUUUUCAAUAAAAUCUUUUUAUUUUUUUCCCA